AGUUUACACUGUUCAAAUUGCACCGCCUUACCAAUUCAAAUAAAUCCCCUUGUAGGGUUUUCCAAUUUCAAUUCCAAUUCUGAUAGGAUUCUGAAUUUUUUACUCAAUUCAACCUAACCCUUCAAGGGUUUUCUAAUUCCACCCCUAAACCCACCACUUCACUUCCCAAUUUUCCACCUUUCGUCUUACUUCCCUAGAAAAUAUUCAGUCAUGGUUACAACUUUAAAGCGCGAAGUGGGUAAUAGUAAAGGUAGACUUUCUACCGAAGUAGAAGAAGCGGAGUGUAGUGAUGCUUAUCAUCAUCAUCAUCAGGACGUGGCUGAUCGUAGAGCUCUUCGUUCUAGUUACCGCUCUGUAAAGUCUCGCAUUAGUGAUGAAAGGGAGCAGAUAUCUAAUGCUGAUUCCAAUAAGUUUAACACGAUUAUUAAUCAAUUGGAUAGCUUGCAUCAGCAGGUACAGAAACCAAGAGAGCAGGUUGCUGAUGCAGAGACCCUAUUGGACAUCACAAGCACCGUGGUACACUGUGUCCAGGCAGAGAAUAAUAAUGGCAUAACCAUUUCGGAUUUUGUUUCCUCCAUUAUUAGAGACUUUGGGGAAGUAAGCGGACCAAGUACUACAGGGGAGACCGGCCGUGCAUCUAUAGCUUGGGCAGAUGUUGGAGUUGCAGUAGCAAGUGCUUUCGGGAAUAGUUGUGGAUGCUCUACCAUGGUUGGGCCCAUGAAUAUUGAGCCAAGGGAACGGAAGGCUGCUGUUCGCAGAAAACGAGUUAAUCUGACAGAAAAUUCUCAACCAGAAGAGCUUGGUGAUGCUUUUACAGAAGAGCAAGUGGGUACUGACAACAAUAUGUUAACCAUGUUUAAUAUCUUGAAGAAGAACAGAAGAGUCAGACUUGAGAAUCUAAUUUUAAAUAGAAGCUCUUUUUCACAGACAGUGGAGAAUUUAUUUGCCCUAUCAUUUUUAGUGAAAGAUGGUCGGGCUGAAAUAAAAUUGGACGAAAACAAUCAUCAUCUAGUUUCGCCAAGGAAUGCUCCCAGUGCCAAUGCAGUUGCCUCUUCAGAGGUCACUUACAGCCACUUUAUCUUUAGAUUUGAUUUCAAGGAUUGGAAGUUGAUGACAAACUCCGUUGGCAAUGGGGAGGAGUUGAUGCCACACAGAAAUGAAGCACACAUGUCGAGCAGUUGUCAACUAGAGCACGCAAAUGUAGAAUGUCAAGAAACAGCCCAAACAGUACCAAUUAGGAAAUUGUCCAGGAACCGUGGCUUAGUUUUACAUGAACAGACGGUAGUAGAAGUUUUGCCUGAGAAUGACCCCAUGGAAGCAAGACGUGCGGACAUUCGUAAAGGGAAGUGUAAGGUUGUAUAGUUCACGACAAGCUCUUUUGGUAUUGAGGAGCUGAUGCCGCAUAGAAACAAAGGACACUUUCAAGCAGUUGUCAACCAAAAUGCAUAAAUGAAGAAUCUCAAGAAACAACCCAAACAAUAAACAUUAAGUUGUCCAGGUAUUGUGGCUUCUCUCUACAUGAACAUUUGGUAUUCAAAGAUUUGCCUGAGAAUGACACUAUGGAAGCAAGACGUGCUGCCACUUCUAAAGGGAAGUUUAAGGUGGGACAAAUCAGUGCAGGCGUUUAAGCAUAUUAUAGAGUAUAUAAUGGGGAUUUAUUUAUAGAAUAAUGUUAUAUGUAUUAAUAAAUUAUAUAAAUUUAUUCAUAUAAUUUGAUGUGAUAGCAUUUGAUUGAAGAAUUUUGAGGUGAGAAAAAAAAUAAACAAUCAAAUUGUCAAAUUACAAGCUGCCAAUUUGAUUUAUAUAAA